AUGUCAGCUCGCGUACAGGCCAAGUCGAAACUCAUUUCGCGGGGACCAUUGGACCCCAGCGAAGCCCGCUGGGCUCGAAUGGUGAAGACAACAUACACCGACCCCCUGGGUGUCGAGCGAACAUGGGAAUCAGCUGAGCGCACGACUCGUCCUGACGGGAUUGAUCUUGAUGGCGUUGGGAUCGUCGCUAUUUUGAACAAGGAUUCUGGCUCGGAGCUGCUUCUGCAGAAGCAAUACCGCCCUCCCAUUGAUGCUGUUGUCAUUGAGGUUCCUGCGGGGCUUAUCGAUGCGGGCGAGACGCCUGAGCAAUGUGCCGUUCGAGAACUUAAGGAGGAGACUGGUUAUGUUGGCGUCGCGGAGCAGACUAGUCCGGUUAUGUUUAACGACCCAGGGCUUUGCAAUACCAACCUGCAUAUGGUCCACGUCCGGGUUGAUAUGUCUCUUCCCGAGAACAAGAACCCGAAGCCUGAGCUCGAGGAUAACGAGUUCAUUGAAUGCUUUACUAUUCCUUUGACAUCGUUGUUCGACGAGUUAAAGAAGCUUGAAAAAGAGGGUUAUGCCAUUGAUGCCAGGAUCGGAACCCUAGCCGAGGGCAUUGAACUCGCAAAGAAAUGGAAGUUGUGA